UAUCUGUGAAUAUUUGCACUCUGAUUGCAGUUAUUUCUGAUGCAUAAAGAAAUGAGAGUAACUACUACAUAACUACUUUCGGUGGUCAAUAUUUCUGGACUUCUCGCUAUGGUGCGAUUCUCGUAAUCAUGGCUGGGCAGGUCAAACUCCUCCAUCUCCUACCCCUGCUGCGUUUUACCGCCUUCCCUCCAUUUAUCUCCUCUUCUUCCUCCUUUCCCUCCCUAUUCUUGGCGGUUGUUCUAUCUCCCCCCACUGUCAACCAUGCCAUCGUCCAACCCUGCCACCACCCCCCUCCCCUUUUCCACCACCCGUCGCGAUACCGCUCUAGCCCACCGCACGCCAUGGCCGGCGAUGCCCUGCCAUGGCCUCUGCACUUCCUCACCGCCAUUCUCUCUCUCUUCCGCCUCCAUCCCGCCGACGACCGCCACGUUCUCCUGCAAUUCAAGGACUCAUUCUCCGCCGCCGGAGGAGGCGGCAGCACCCCCGCUGCGCUCGCCUCCUGGGGCGCCGCCGACGACCACCCUUGCGUCCCCAAGCGGUUCGCGUCCUCCUGGGCCGGCGUCUUCUGCGACGACGACGCGCACGUGUCGACGCUCCUGAUGAACGACAUGGCUCUCGCCGGCUCGCUCAACCUCGGACUCCUCUCCGACCUCCCCCGCCUCCGCCACCUCAGCUUCAUCAACAACAGCUUCGACGGCGGCAUGCCCGACAUCACCAAGCUGCCGGUUCUCAAGUCCAUAUACCUGUCGGGGAACCGCUUCUCCGGCCAUCUCAGGGAUGAUCUGUUCCAGCCGAUGCGGGCGCUGAAGAAGGUGUGGCUUUCGCGCAACAACUUCUCCGGCCAGAUCCCCAGCUCUCUCAUCUCGCCGGAGAAGCUGAUGGAGGUGGGUCUGGACGGGAACAUGUUCGAGGGGGAGAUUCCACCGCUGUGGCAGCCGGACCUCCACCUCGUCAAUGUCGCCUUCAACGAUCUCGAGGGCCCGAUUCCCGCCGGUCUCGCCAACAUGAGCACCACCUUUUUCCAAGGCAACAAGAAUCUCUGCGGCCUUCCUCUUGCAGUUGUAUGCUCGCCGUCGUACUCCGAUAAGAAGCAGCUCUCCCCUGUUCUCAUCGUCGGCGUCAUCCUGAUCUCAAUUAAACUUUUGCUACUACUCAUCAUGCUCAUCACCUGCCUCCUCCAUCGCCUCCGAUUGCAGAAAGAAGCCGCCGAACAGCCUCAGUCCGGCGAAGCUGAAACCAUCGAUCGUUUGAAAGCCGCCGGUGUGCAGGCCGGAGCGGGAGCGGCAAUAACAGAGCGCCGCUAUGGGGGGAGCAAGAAGGUUCCGAAGAAAGAACAGGGGAAGCUGUCAUUCGUCUCGGAGGAGAGGAGGAACUUCGACCUCUCGGACUUGCUCCAGGCAUCCGCCGAAGUGCUCGGCAGCGGAAACUUCGGCUCCUCCUACAAGGCUUCCUUGAUCGACGGCCCCGCCGUCGUCGUCAAAAGAUUCACGGAGAUGAAUGCGGUGGGGAGAGAAGACUUCCAAGAACACAUUGGGCGGCUGGGGAGGCUGUCUCACCGUAACCUCCUUCCUCCGGUCGCCUACUACUACCGCAAGGAGGAGAAGCUGAUCAUCACCGACUACGUUCCCGGCGGAAGCUUGGCGCACAUGCUUCACGGCAACGUCGGCCCGGAACCUCCGGUGUUGGAUUGGCCGGCGCGUUUAAGGAUCAUCAAAGGGAUAGCAAGGGGCCUGGCUUACCUCUCCGAGGAGCUCCCGACGCUGACGCUCCCCCACGGCCACCUCAAGUCCUCCAACGUGCUCCUCGACCCGUCGCUGGAGCCCUUGCUCACGGACUACGCCCUCGCGCCGGUGAUGAACAAGGCCACGGCUUCCCAGGUGAUGGUGGCCUACAAGUCCCCGGAGUGCGCCGGGCGCGGCCAGCCCUCCAGCAAAAGCGACGCCUGGAGCUUUGGCAUCCUCGUGCUCGAGAUACUCACCGGCAAGUUCCCGGCCACAUACCUGAGAGACGCCGCCAGCGCCGAUUUAGUCAGCUGGGUGAGCUCGGUGGUGAAGGAGAAGCCGGCCGGCGAGGUGUUUGACAAGAACAUGAACAAGAAGCAAGAAGGAGAGAUGUCCAAGUUACUGCACCUUGCACUGGCUUGCUGUGAGACGAAUGUUGAAGAGAGAUUGGAGUUGAAGGCUGCACUUGAAAAGAUUGAAGAGUUGAUUGAAGGAGAGGAGAAUGAUGAUAAUGAUAACUGUCUAAGAAACAACAAUGAGAGGGAACAAUAUUCCUCAAAAACAGUCUCCGGCCAUGAGCUUUCUUUAUCUAGAUAAUUGAUUAGGAGUGACUGAAUUCAAUACAAUUUGAAAACGACGGCAUUUUUUAAACUGAAUUGUGCAUUCCUAUUACACCUCUCU